GGAUAUUACCGUACAAGAAUUAUAUGAACAUUAUUCGACUUUAAUUUGAAUACUUUAUCUUAUUUUUAAUCAUUUUCGAUUAAAAAAAACUUGUGAAUAGAUUUAACACAUAGAAAAUUGAUUGAUACUGUAUCUUUAUGAUAAGAUAUUUUCUAAUGUUCUUACGUGUAUAGUUCGGAUAUUCACUAUGAGCUUUUAUUUUUAUAUAACUAUUAUAUUAAACCAAGUAUAAUAUCAUGGAUAAUCACUAAAAUAUUCUAUAAUUGCCUAUAUUUUGAUAGUAGGCUUCAACAUACAAAUUUCAACCUUAAAUAACGAUAUAGAUUACGAAAUGAUACACAUUCAAUGAAUGUCCUUUUACUCUUAUUGACUUUAUACCCCCCCAAUAAACUUACUUGAAUAAAAUAAAAGCUAUAACCAUAAACCGUAUUUAUUGAAGAUUAUCAACCUACGGGGUUAAAGUUAUUUAUAUACAAAAGAAUACGUAUUAUCUAAAAUUGCAUACAUUUGAAAUAUAGAUGUGACAUGGGCUCACUUCUAAGAAUAAGUCCCUUUUUUUUUUUUGUAUUCAUAAAUACAGGACAAAGUGACUGUAGUAUUUUAUUUGUGAUUUAUAAAGUAUGUUAUCUUAUAGACACAAGACAAGAGCGAACUGAAAGAAGGGAGAAGAACGAAAAAAAGAAAGGAUUGUGUACAUUAAAGAACACAAAGCAUUUUAGUAUUGAUUGUACUUCAUAGAAGGAAAAAGUGUGUUUUUUGUUCUGAGUGAAAAGUGAUGGUUACUCAAUUACGGUCUAUCUUCAACUCAUGACAAUAAUCACGGGAAAAGUAGCUAUAAAUGAUUUUCUUCUGUGUUAAGACAUCAUAUUACAAACUGCAGCAACAUGAUAUUCUGUAUUAAGACAUGGUAUACAAACUCAUGUGCCUACUUGAUUUCUAUUACUCAAAAUAGUAGAGAACGUACUUUAGAUGUAUAAAAAAAGAGAGGUGCGCUGUUGUACAUGUAUACGUUGGAUGAAAUGCAUAAAUAAAACAAGUGAAUAACUGUGUGUGUAAUCCAAAAGGUCGGUCUUCUUUAGUUUAAACAGAUUGAAUGAUAUCAUAGAUCAAGAGGACUAUGAACCGCCAAGUCAGGGGAAGAUGUAUAUAAUACAAAAGAAUAAUUACAUUCUCUUAGAAUUAGCAUCAU